CCGUUGCGAAAGGUUCGUUCGUGUUUGCGCUACGUGGCGUGUGUGUGACAAAGCAGAGUAGUGAAAAAAAACAGUGCCACAUCAUAGGAUAGCAGAUUUUUCUUCAUCAAAUACACAUAAAGAAAAAAAGAAACGGUUGCAAAAUUUAAUUUGUGAUUAAAAAUGCAAAAUUAUACAUAAAAAAGUUAGAUUUUCGUUGUGGAAAACGUUGGAAAAGCUGCAGUGAAAAAUGAUCUACUGCAAAGAAAUGUUGCCCCAAUUUGAGCCACGACGCAGCUGAAAAGUUUUCAUGCAGCAGUACUGAAAAUUUUUAGUGUACUAGGGUAAGAAAGGGCAGUAGCGUGAAGGAAUUUCCGCAGCAACGUAGGCAAAAGAAAAAAAAAAUGUGUGUUAAAAAAUUGUGUUAAAAGUAGUAAAAUUUGUGAAAAAAUAAAUAAAAACGAAGAAACAACCAUCAUAACCAGCAGCGAUCUAAAAUGUUAUAAGCUGCGAAAAACUACGAGCAUUAAUAAAAUUUUUAUACUGAAAAGAUAGCAAAUUCAAAGUGAAAAUAUAGUGAAAAUUCGUAAGAAAAAAUUUCGUGCUAAUUUUACACCGUGAAAGGGGCAAUGGAAAAUUUCUAAUGUGAAGAAGCAGAAAAAAUCAGUGGCAAAUUUAAAAUAAACAUUGAAAUAUGCAAAGUACAGUGAAUUUGUGAAUAAAGGCAGAAAAAGGAAAAACAAAUAAAACAACAACAACCAAAAAACUUCGUUUUGACUGCAAGCGAAUUCAGGCAGCAAAGGUAGAAAUAAUAAAUGGUGCAGCAAAAACUACAACAACCACAAAACGUACGAAAUAACAUUACGCACAAGCAAAUUGCAAAUUGCAGUGUAUUAACAACAACUAAAGUAGAAAAUAAAGAAAGUGUAAAGGAAGAUUUCAUAGCAAUACCAGUUACAAAGGAAACAAGUUUAUAAAAAAAGUUAUUAAAUAUUUACGCGUAUAAAGUAAACUCGUGCUUGACGUUUAAAUAAAUUCUAAAUACCAAUAUACUACUAGUACUACUACAACUACUAUUACUACUAUAACUACUCAUACAAACAAAAUAUAUAUGUAUAUAACCAAAUAAACUUAUCGCACUGAGGAAGUGCCGCGUAUUCAUUAGCUGUCAGUGGAAAAUCAACAAAUUACGGCCAUCAUCAUUCGCACAUUUCUGCACUUUCAAAGGACAACCGCAUAUUGCAACUAAAAUAUUCGCCGCAAUUGAAGUUCAAUAACCCAUUCUGCACGAUGUUAUAAUUGUACGGGUGUUAUUGUACAUUUGCGCAAGUGCGCAACCCCAAAAAACCGCUUCUGCUGAAACAUGCAAAAUUUCAUAGUGUGAAUGUUGGCAACGCUGGCGUGCCUCGGUGGUUUUGCCUGCAUUAGGACUAGCUGUCAGUUCCUAUCGAAAAAAUGCUAUCUUGACUAAUUAUCAAUAGCAAGCGAGCUUAAUUAAUUACAAAGAAAUAAUACAAAUGGUUUAUUGGUGUCCGAAUUGUCAUGAUGCCUCAGUCAUACCUCCAUUCUCCACACAGGGGAUGUCGGGGUGUGACCAAAGCACUGUCGAAUCAUUGGCCGAAGAUCCAACAGAUUCACCAUUCGUUGCCGAUGAGUGUCUCAAAGUACGCAAGUACUGGUGUUUUUUGCUCUCCAGCAUUUUUACCUUCCUUGCUGGUCUAUUUAUUGUGCUACUAUGGCGAGCGUUUGCAUUCAUUUGCUGUCGCAAGGAGCCCGAUUUGGGCCCCAACGAUCCCAAGCAGAAGGAGCAGAAGGCGUCACGCAACAAACAGGAAUUCGAAGGUACCUUUAUGACAGAAGCCAAAGACUGGGCUGGCGAGCUUAUAUCGGGACAAACAACAACAGGACGAAUUUUGGUCGUACUUGUAUUUAUACUCAGCAUUGCAUCACUCAUUAUUUACUUCGUGGAUGCAUCUAGCGAAGAAGUCGAAAGAUGUCAAAAAUGGAGUAAUAACAUUACUCAACAGAUCGAUCUCGCAUUCAAUAUAUUUUUUAUGGUUUACUUUUUUAUACGAUUCAUAGCGGCGUCCGAUAAACUUUGGUUUAUGUUAGAAAUGUACAGUUUUGUAGAUUAUUUUACAAUACCCCCGUCCUUUGUAUCAAUAUAUUUAGAUCGGACAUGGAUCGGUCUUCGAUUUCUUCGAGCGUUACGUCUCAUGACUGUACCGGAUAUUUUACAAUAUUUAAAUGUUCUAAAAACAUCGAGUUCGAUACGCUUGGCUCAACUAGUAUCAAUUUUUAUAUCAGUAUGGUUAACAGCAGCGGGCAUAAUACAUCUGCUGGAGAACUCUGGCGAUCCGCUGGAUUUUAAUAAUGCUCAUCGAUUAUCCUAUUGGACCUGUGUCUAUUUCCUAAUUGUGACCAUGUCAACGGUAGGAUAUGGUGACGUUUACUGUGAGACUGUAUUGGGAAGGACAUUUCUUGUGUUCUUUCUACUCGUCGGCUUGGCGAUUUUUGCAAGUUGUAUACCUGAGAUAAUAGACUUGAUUGGAACAAGAGCCAAAUAUGGGGGCACGUUAAAAAAUGAGAGGGGUCGAAGACAUAUUGUCGUUUGCGGACAUAUAACGUACGAGUCGGUGUCGCAUUUCUUAAAGGAUUUCCUGCACGAGGAUCGUGAAGAUGUGGAUGUGGAGGUUGUAUUUUUACAUCGCAAGGAGCCUGAUCUGGAGCUAGAAGGUCUGCUGAAGCGUCACUAUACGACAGUGGCGUUUUUUCAGGGCACCAUGAUGAAUGCCGUCGAUUUGGAGCGAGUCAAGGUACACGAAGCUGAUGCCUGCUUGGUACUGGCCAAUAAAUAUUGCCAAGAUCCCGAUGCUGAAGAUGCUGCCAAUAUUAUGCGAGUCAUCUCAAUUAAAAACUACAGCGAAGACAUACGAGUGAUUAUACAACUUAUGCAAUAUCAUAAUAAGGCUUAUUUACUAAACAUACCGUCAUGGGAUUGGAAACAGGGCGACGAUGUCAUUUGCUUGGCCGAACUUAAGCUUGGCUUUAUAGCGCAGAGUUGUCUCGCACCAGGCUUCUCAACUAUGAUGGCGAAUUUAUUUGCGAUGCGAUCAUUCAAAACUUCACCAGAUACACAGGCCUGGCAAAACGAUUAUCUCCAAGGUACCGGGUGUGAGAUGUACACCGAAACCCUCUCACCUUCAUUUACCGGCAUGACAUUCCCACAAGCCAGCGAACUGUGCUUUUCGAAACUGAAACUAUUGCUGGUGGCUAUCGAAAUCAAAGGUGCCGAAGAGGGUGCGGACAGCAAGAUAUCUAUAAAUCCGCGUAACGCAAAAAUACAGGCCAACACACAAGGCUUCUUUAUAGCGCAAAGUGCUGACGAAGUGAAGCGUGCCUGGUUCUAUUGCAAGGCCUGUCACGAGGACAUCAAAGAUGAAACGUUAAUCAAGAAGUGUAAAUGCAAAAACUAUGUGGGCAUGAUUAUGAUGCAGACCGGAAUGGUGAAUCAAGGCAUUACCUCAGUCCUUAACCAAAUGGAGGAUGAUUUCCAUCCAGCACCCACAUUUACGCCGCCAGAGCUGCCCAAGCGGGUGCAUGUGCGCGGAUCAGUAACGGGUGACAUGGCGCGCGAUAGAGAGGAUGUGAACCUCAUAAAUCGCAAUGGCCGUCGUACAAACGGCACCGGUAACGGUAGUACCGGCUUGCACAUGAACUCAAUAGCAGCAAAACAAGUUAACAAGGUGAAACCUACAAUUAACCGGCAACAGGUUGAAGGACAGGUGAUAUCACCAUCCCAGUACAACAGGCCGCCAGAAAACGAUGCUAACCCAUAUGCGGGCUAUCAACUCGCUUACGAAGUUAAAAAGCUCAUGCCGACCAGCCGAAGUUCCGGCGGGGGCACACAAAAUCAAAAUGGGGGCGUUACACUACCGGCCGGUAUUGCGGAUGAUCAAUCGAAAGAUUUCGAUUUUGAAAAGACCGAAAUGAAGUACGAUUCAACGGGCAUGUUCCACUGGAGUCCGGCUAAAAAUUUAGAAGACUGCAUACUGGAUCGCAAUCAAGCGGCAAUGACCGUUCUAAAUGGUCAUGUUGUCGUAUGCCUUUUUGCCGAUCCAGAUUCGCCGCUAAUCGGAUUGCGCAAUCUGGUGAUGCCAUUGCGCGCUUCUAACUUUCACUAUCACGAACUGAAGCAUGUGGUGAUAGUCGGUUCGGUGGAUUAUAUACGACGUGAAUGGAAGAUGUUACAGAAUUUGCCAAAGAUAUCGGUGUUAAACGGUUCGCCGCUAAGUCGCGCCGAUUUGCGUGCCGUAAACGUGAAUCUGUGCGAUAUGUGUUGUAUAUUGUCGGCGAAAGUUCCUAGCAACGACGAUCCGACGCUGGCCGAUAAGGAGGCCAUUCUAGCGUCGCUCAACAUCAAGGCAAUGACCUUUGACGAUACGAUCGGUGUACUGAGUCAACGUGGGCCCGAAUUCGAUAAUCUGAGCGCGACCGCUGGCAGCCCCAUUGUGCUGCAACGGCGCGGCUCUGUUUACGGCGCGAAUGUGCCCAUGAUAACAGAACUGGUCAACGAUAGUAACGUGCAGUUUCUCGAUCAAGACGAUGACGAUGAUCCGGAUACGGAGCUAUAUCUGACGCAGCCGUUCGCCUGCGGCACCGCCUUCGCCGUUAGUGUUCUCGACUCGCUGAUGUCGACGACGUACUUUAAUCAAAACGCUUUAACGUUAAUCCGCUCACUAAUCACCGGCGGCGCUACACCAGAGCUGGAACUCAUACUCGCCGAAGGUGCUGGUCUGCGUGGCGGCUACAGCACCGUUGAUAGUCUUAGCAAUCGUGACAGAUGUCGUGUUGGCCAAAUUUCCCUGUAUGAUGGUCCAUUGGCACAAUUCGGCGAAUGCGGCAAGUAUGGUGAUCUGUUUGUGGCGGCUCUUAAAUCGUACGGCAUGCUUUGUAUUGGUCUCUACCGAUUUCGGGACACGAGUUCGAGUUGUGAUGCAAGUAGCAAACGUUACGUUAUAACGAACCCACCCGAUGAUUUUUCACUACUGCCAACAGAUCAGGUUUUCGUACUAAUGCAAUUCGAUCCGGGCUUAGAGUAUAAACCGGCCGCUGUGCGUGCGCCACCUGGCGGUCGUGCUGCCAACACACAAGGCUCCGGGGUCGGUGGGGGUGGUUCAAACAAGGAUGAUAACUCUUGAUUGUUACUGUGUAGCGCCUUAACUGAUGGUCCUUACUCGUACAUUUGAACGAUGGAGCAAGCAAUCGGGUACAAAAUAGCGCAUUUCUGGCAAUUAAUAAUCGGCAAAAUAUGGCAAAAACUACGUGCGGCAAUGCAAAAUGUAUCCAACCAAAAGUAUUAACAAAUGAAUUAAAAAUUGGCAAUAAGAAAAAAACGAAAACAGCAAAUGCCGCAGCUGAAAACUAAUUGUAAAUUGAAGAAAAAGUAUGUGAAAAAAUUAUGUAUUUAAGAGGCCAAGUAAAUGCGCUAUUUUGUACGUUUAUAUUUGCACAGACAUUCGCCAAUGCAAACCUCAUGGAAAACAAAACCCAACCAACUAAAUGAGGGAUGCAACAAAAGUCGUUUGAAUUCAUACUCAAUUGGAAGCAAAUGUCUUUGCAAAUAUAAAAAUUAAACUCCAGCAAAGAAAGUAUACGAUGAUUCAAUAUUGGAUCGGUAAGAGUAAAUUCCAUCGUUCAAAUGGUAAAAAGAUUGCUUCCCACACCAUUCCGCAAAGCCCUAACUACGUAAUUAAUUUUUCCAAAAACUUAUUAACAAUCUCUAAGUGAAUUGAAAAAGUUGAUUUAUUUAAUUUUAAUUUAUUCUUUUCAGUUUUAAAUUAAUUUUUGUAAUUAAUUGUAAUUUAGCUUUAAAUUUUAAUAUAUUUUUGUUUUCGAUAAUAUUCACUGCACUCACAUCCAGCGUCCCUAAAUUUAAAGACCUAUUUUGUAGCUUACAACUAGUUUAGUUUUGAAACUUUUCAAAUUAUUGCUUAUAUCUCCAAAAAAAAUUAGGAUUAUACGAACUUUUCUAUGAUUAAGUUUUGGUUUAAGUAAAGUUGAAUAUAUAAAUGUGCGUAUGUGUGUAACUUUAUAUGCAAUCUUGUGUUGUUAUUCUGCAUAUUAUUUGUUGUUGCAUACGUCAGAAUACUUCGUAAUUAAAAUAGAAACACACAAAAGAUCGCUUUUCCCAAUCUUUCGACAUAUUUGAAUAUAGGUAUUUGAGCUCCUAAAAGUAUACUAAACUGAUGUCCUAAAGGUAUAUUAAACUGAUGAGAGCGAAGUAUUUGGGUAUCAAAACAAUAUUUUCAGUCAAAGAUAUUUGUAUUUAAAAAAAAAAAAAAUUGAUUUAGAAGAAGUCCGUGGCUGUAUUUUCUACAAUUUCGUAGCACAAGGUAUCCACUCAAGUAUACAAUUAUUGAAAACCAAACCUUGGAAAAGUGUGCAACAAAAUUUGUCUCCCAUAUUCAAAUUAUUUUUUAGCAUUAUUAUUUAGUGUUUCAUUUCAGCAAAAAGUACUACUACAUAUUUUUGAAAGGUAAGAGGCCGAAGUGCGUUAAGGGUUUUCCUUUCGAAAUAAAGAAAACAUUACAUUUUUGUUUCAAUUUUUUUUUUGUGGGUGUGGUAGGGUUCAAAAUGUCUUCGCUCUUACAGUGCCCGUCGUCUACUGCCUCUCCUCUCCUUCUAGGGGGACUCCCUUCCCGGGACUAUUUCCUGCAUAACUUCAAGAGGACCCAGAACGGCAUUCAUUAAAGACCAAUUCUAUUCACCCACGUCCAGGUCCACGGUAUUUAUAGCCAGCUUUCUUACUAUAUCGUCUUCUUGUGCCUCUGUCUGUGAGACAUCGCUUUUUUGCACUGUGUCGAGGCCUACGUAUUUUUUUCCGAAGUAUGUCCUCGAUGUAUCUCUUUACCGCGUUCCAGCUGUCCUCGCGUUCGAUCAUUUUGCUGAUUAUAUUGCUCGGCGCGAUGUCGCCAAUCUGCAUCCUCGGAGCAUCUCUUUCCGCGAGCUAAAAAAUUAGCUUUAUUCACCGAUUUUCAACCUCUAUAUAAAUAUUAGAAAAUUAAGCGAUCUUCUGUGUGUGUAUUUCAAAUAAAUUUAAAAAUUUUAGACACAAUCCAAUUUUUCUUAUUUUUUUAUUUAAUUAUUGUUCACUUUUAUUUAUACUUUUAAAGCAUACCCCUAUUUCAUUGUCAUUAUAAUUCUUUAAUAUUACAUUAUUUAAAAAAAUAUAUAUUAAUUUCAGAU